UACCGCUGCACUGUUGUCCCCCGAUCUCUUCCCUUCGGCAGCUGGGCGGAUAGAGAAAGCGACUCCCAGCGCUCAUCAUCUAUGCCGGUUUCUUCUUCUUCUUCUUCUUCUGCGCUCGAUCGGGUUACUUAGGGUUUUCGAGAACUCUUUCCGCAUCGAUCGAAACCCUAUUCUCCGUCCGACUAGGUCCGAUCGAUCGAUUGCCCUUCUUUAAGCUUUCUCUUGCUCCGAUUUGCGGUCCGAUGAUGGAAGCCUCCGGCAGAAGCUCGAAUCCCUACCGAAGCCAGUCCGCCUCCUCCGGCAGCGGUUCUUCCAGGUGGUAUCGGGUGCAGCUGUUGGCGUCCAAUUUCAUCCGGUCGCGUCUUUCCGACGUUUUGGACCACUUUGGGGUCUUGCGACCCAGGGCGAGUCACGCGGAGGCCGAGGGCUUGGUCGGUGGUGAGUCUCGCGUCCAUGCUUCCGGUCGGAUUGGUGGGUCUGCGGCCUCUACCGGCAGCGGUGGGGAAGUGUCUAUACGGAUUAUUGGAGUGGGCGAUCAGGAGAGUCUGCGGGUGGGAUCGACCCAGCCACAUCCUCUGGUAGUGGGGUCUGGAAGAGAGGGAGGUUCUAAUGUUUCUGGCGUCUCAGGUGAGCCCAUUGCUACUUUUUCGGAGAGGCGAGGAGGAGAUGGAGGGAGUGAUACUAUGGUUGGUGAGUCAGCCUCGUCAUCUUCUUCUGCGUCGGCAUCUGUACCGCCUGUUGGUAGUAGGAGCAUGGAUGGAGACUCAAACAUCACAGGAGGCAAUAAUAGAGAUUCAACCUACCAGAGAUAUGAUAUACAGCAAAUAGCAAGGUGGAUCGAACAGAUACUACCGUUCUCGUUGUUGCUACUGGUAGUCUUCAUCAGGCAACAUUUGCAAGGCUUCUUUGUCACUAUUUGGAUUGCAGCAGUGAUGUUUAAGUCCAAUGAUAUUUUGAGGAAGCAGACUGCUUUAAAGGGUGAGAGAAAAAUAUCUGUCCUCAUUGCAAUCACACUAGUCUUCAUGAUUCAUGUAUUUGGAGUCUACUGGUGGUACAGGAAUGAUGAUCUUCUAUACCCUCUGGUCAUGCUUCCCCCAAAGGAAAUACUGCCAUUUUGGCAUGCCAUUUUUAUCAUCAUGGUCAAUGAUACUAUGGUGCGCCAGGCAGCUAUGGUUGUUAAGUGUUUUCUAUUGAUGUACUACAAAAACAGUAGGGGACACAACUAUCGAAAGCAGGGACAAAUGUUGACGCUUGUUGAAUACUUCCUUCUUUUGUACCGAGCUUUGUUGCCAACUCCUGUUUGGUACCGGUUCUUCCUGAACAAGGAAUAUGGAAGCCUCUUUUCAUCCCUCACUACAGGGCUAUACCUUACUUUCAAGCUGACAUCAGUGGUGGAGAAAGUUCAAUCAUUUUUUUCUGCAUUGAAGGCGCUAUCACGGAAGGUACAUUAUGGGUCUUAUGCAACCACAGAACAGGUGAUUGCAGCUGGUGAUCUUUGUGCCAUUUGCCAAGAGAAAAUGCACGCUCCCAUCUUACUUCAUUGUAAACACAUCUUCUGUGAGGACUGUGUCUCUGAGUGGUUUGAGAGAGAAAGGACGUGUCCUCUGUGCAGGGCACUGGUCAAACCUGCAGAUCUCCGGUCAUUUGGUGAUGGUUCCACGAGCUUGUUCUUUCAGAUGUUCUAGUUCAGGUCAUCAGCUACAUAUACUGAGCCUGGGAUACAGCAUUAUGGCCAGGAAUUAGCAAGCAGGCUUCUUACCACAUUGUGGUGUAUAUGUUACGGUGUUCUGACAGCAGCUGAAGCUUUCUGUAAAUGUCACCGCUGCUCGAGUUGAUUGCUGUAACCAAUCUAUAUAUGCCCAGUAUGGAAUAUCAUGAAACAGAAGCAAGAGAAGUUUGACGGCAUUUACAGUAUAAAUACGCAUCUACCUCACAUUAUUGUCAAUAAAAUGUCCGCAGCAUAUAUUUUUCA